CCAGAGACGCGCAGAAGCCGAAUUCUCCACCACGCCUUCCAGCGGCCGGAGUUUUGACAUAUCUUGGGAGGCGUGAUGGAGAGACGAUUUUCUCUGGCUUUCUUCUCGCUCCCAAUGCUAGUAUUGGCCUGGCAGGCGGAAGGGGAGACUGCUGUCUCAGGGAAAUGCCUCCAGAACCAAUUCCAGUGUCCAGAUGGCAAAUGUAUCCCAGUGCAAUGGCAAUGUGAUGGGGACAAUGAUUGCCCAGAUGGGGAGGAUGAAGAUGCAUGCUUACGAGAGAUGGUGUGCUCUGGUUUCCAAUGCACUGAUGGACGUUGUUUGUCUUUGAGAUGGAAAUGCGAUGGCCAUGCUGACUGUGCGGAUGGCUCAGAUGAAGAUCCAUUAAUGUGCAGGAAAUGUACUUGUCCUGAAGGUACAUUUCAGUGUCAUAAUCGAGAGUGCAUUCCAUCAAGGUUGGUCUGCAAUGGGCACGAUGAUUGCACAGAUGGUAGUGAUGAGGAGGCAUGUUCACCUAAGCAGUGUUCCCCUGAAGAGUUCCUCUGCGGUUUGGACUGUCUGUCCGUUAAUGUCUUGUGUGAUGGUAAAACAGAUUGUUCUGGGGGCCUAGACGAGACAAAGGAAAGGUGUGAUCUGGAAUCAAAAUCACAUUGUUCCGCAAGUGAAUUCAGUUGUGAUGGAAAGUGUGUGCCGUUAGCUUGGAAUUGUGAUGGACACACUGACUGUGAGGAUGAGAGUGAUGAAGAAAACUGUGGUUCCAUACCAUUUCUUCUGGUAUUUAACUCUAGUACCAUCACAAAAAUGGACCUUAAUGGUGAGAGGAGGGAAGAUGUUCCGUUUAUUUCAAGUGUGGCUGCUGUUUCUGGGGUUUUAAAUUCCUCUGAAAUAUUUUUGGUUGAUAGAGAGAAGAGAGUAAUAUUUCGAUCUUUGGAAGAUACAAGCAACACAAGCAGCACAAUAAUCAAAGAUAUUGGCCCAGCAACAUGCAUAUGUGUGGACUGGAUUUAUAAGCUUGUUUUCUGGAUCGAUUCAAGUUCCAAAACCAUAUGUGUAGCCACCCUUGAUGGAUCAAAACAAAGAAUACUUCAUAAGGACAACAUUUCUCUACCUGGGGCUAUGGCAGUGGAUCCUUUGACUGGGUACAUUUUCUGGUCUGACAUGGGGGAUGAACCUAAAAUAGAGAAGGCAGCCAUAAAUGGAGUUGACAGAAUUCCACUGGUUACUGCGCACAUCCGAAGACCUGUUGCACUAACUUUGGAUCUGAAGCACAGUUCAGUAUACUGGGUGGACAGUGAACUAAACACUAUAUCCAAAAUUGCAAUGGACGGUCAGGACAGGAAAGUAGUUCUGUAUUCUACAGACUUCUUGGCAAAACCAUCAGGAAUUGCAUUAUUUCAGGACAAGAUAUAUUGGUCUGACUUAGAACACGAUGCUGUGUACAGCAUGCCGAAGCACCAGCAGGCUAAUGCCACAAAGGUGACUUCGGUGAGCCAGCCCUUUGGGCUUCUAAUCUUCGACAGGGAAUUACAGCCCGAUGGUUUAAACUUGUGCUUGGAGCAGGGAGCAACGUGUUCUUUCCUUUGUGUUCCUUCUCCGAGCCAAGAGCUUUCUCAGGCCUAUAACUGUCUAAACUCGGACUCUAAUUAUAUCUCAUGCCUUCCAGAAACAGUGAACACUGGUGAUAGUGUUGAAAAAAUCUCCUUUUAUACCAGCAGUUUGGUGUUUAUUUUGUCAGUUCUUUUUAGUGCAUCACUGAUUUUCUGCGUUAUUUUAUACAACUGGAACAAAACAAACUGUAAUUUACUGAAUACUCGGCUCUUUGAAGCUUCUAAGAAGUAUCUGAAACCAGAUCUGGAUCGCACUACCUCAUCUACAUACAUGCUGUCUGAUCUGAAACAUGAAGAGGAAGAUGUAUGAGUGAAUGUAUUUUACGGAACAAAGACUUUUUUCCCCCUCCAUUAAUGGGUUCUAACAGACGAGUGGAGGACCUCUUUCUACACAAGAAACUAACAUACAUAUGAAAGCUAAACAAAAAGUCUGGCUUGACUGUUUGAGAGCUCUAAUUAUAGCCCUUGAUGAUUAUUGGCAGGUAUUGGUCAUCCCUUAAAUACAAACAUGUUUAGCUACAUCUUUAAGGUUUUGCAGGGUGUAAGGACUUAUAAAUGUGAUAAGCACUUAUUUCAAAGUUAUCUAAUUUUACCAGUAGUUAAGGAGCCAAGUGCCAAGCAAUUCUUGGCACAUCUAAAUUCAAUUAGAGUCUGCACACUCCCAUAUCCUUAAGCUGUGGCAUUCAUAAUUGAACUCUGCCCACAUCUGUCCACCACAAUUGUAUGCUUGUUUAAACAGACACAAGUCGAAAAAGGGGAUAGAACAAGGGGUUUGCAGAAUUAUAUAUAAGAUUUGUUUUGGUUUGUAGCAUUUGGUGGUUAAUAUAAAUACAAAUGUUUAUAUUGUACAAAUAUAUAGUGUAAAGGAAUAGCCCUGUGUGUGAAACAAACCCCCCCACACACAAAAUCUCCAUUUUUUUUAUUUAAAUGUUACAGUGAAUGUUUCAAGGCAUUUGCCAUUUUCAGCACAUAUAAGUACGGUAUAUCAGUAAAUGCAUGUCUUAACCAUUUCAGGGAUCGAAUAUGUCCUUUUGAUAUACUUGAUGUGUGUAGUUUCAAGCUGAGUACUGCUUCUGGUCUUUUUCUCAUUUUGUUUGAAAUUUGUUGGAGGCUUGUGUUACUUUCUUUUAAAGCAAUAAUUAUACACCUAUGGUAUUUUUCUGCAAGGUUUCUGCUUUCCUUCAUACUUGAUGUUUUUUUUGUAGUUUGAUUUUUUUUUUUUAAUUAAAGCUUUUCAGCACUGUACUGC